AUGGACGUGGUCGUGGACGUGGACGUGGUCGUGGACGUGGACGUGGUCGUGGACGUGGUCGUGGACAUGGACGUGGACGUGGACGUGGACAUGGUCGUGGACGUGGACGUGGACGUGGACGUGGUCGUGGACGUGGACGUGGACGUGGUCGUGGACGUGGACGUGGUCGUGGACGUGGACCUGGACCUGGACGUGGAUGUGGACGUGGUCGUGGACGUGGACAUGGUCGUGGACAUGGACGUUGACGUGGUCGUGGACGUGGAUGUGGUCGUGGACGUUGACGUGGACAUGGACCUGGACGUGGACGUGGACGUGGACUUGGACGUGGACGUGGACGUGGACGUGGACGUGGACGUGGUCGUGGACAUGGACGUGGUCGUGGACGUGGAUGUGGUCGUGGACGUUGACGUGGACGUGGACCUGGACGUGGACGUGGACGUGGACGUGGACCUGAACGUGGACGUGGACGUGGACGUGGUCGUGGACCUGGACGUGGACGUGGAUGUGGUCGUGGACGUGGACGUGGACGUGGACCUGGACGUGGACGUGGACGUGGUCGUUGACGUGGACGUGGACGUGGUCGUGGACGUGGACGUGGACGUGGACGUGGACGUGGUCGUGGACUUGGACGUGGACGUGGUUGUGAACGUGGACGUGGUUGUGGACGAGGACGUGGACGUGGACGUGGACUUGGACGUGGUCGUGGACGUGGACGUGGACGUGGACGUGGACGUGGACUUGGACGUGGACGUGGACGUGGACGUGGUCGUCGACGCGGACGUGGUUGUGGACGCGGACGUGGACGUGGACGUGGACGUGGACCUGGAUGUGGCCGUGGACUUGGACGUGGACCUGGACCUGGACGUGGACGUGGACUUGGACGUGGACGUAGACGUGGUCGUGGACGUGGACGUGGUCGUUGAAGUGGACGUGGUCGUGGACGUGGACCUGGACCUGUACGUGGACGUGGUCGUGGACAUGGUCGUGGACGUUGACGUGGACGUGGACCUGGACGUGGACUUGGACGUGGUCGUGGACGUAGACGUGGACGUGGACGUGGUCGUGGACGUGGACGUGGUCGUGGACGUGGACGUGGUCGUGGACGUGGACCUGGACCUGGACGUGGACGUGGACGUGGUCGUGGACGUGGACAUGGUCAUGGACGUUGACGUGGACCUGGACCUGGACUUGGACGUGGACAUGGACUUGGAUGUGGACGUGGAUGUUGACGUGGACUUGGACGUGGACGUGGACGUGGUCGUAGACUUGGACGUGGACGUGGACGUGGUCGUGGACGUGGACAUGGACGUGGACCUGGACGUGGACGUGGAUGUGGACAUGGUCGUCGACGUGGACGUGGACGUGGACGUGGACGUGGUCGUGGACGUGGACGUGGACGUGGUCGUGGACGUGGACGUGGACGUGGACGUGGUUGUGGACGAGAACGUGGACGUGGACGUGGAUGUGGUCGUGGACGUGGACGUGGACCAAGACGUGGACGUGGACGUGGACGUGGACGUGGACGUGGUCGUGAACCUGGACGUGGUUGUGGAUGUGGACGUGGACGUGGACGUGGACUUGGACGUGGACGUGGACGUGGACGUGGACGUGGUCGUGGAUGACGUGGACUUGGACGUGGACGUGGUCGUCGACGCGGACGUGGUUGUGGACGCGGACGUGGACGGGGACGUGGACGUGGUCGUGGACGUGGUCGUGGACGUGGACGUGGUCGUGGACUUGGAAGUGGACGUGGACGUGGACGUGGUCGUGGACGUGGACCAGGACAUGGACGUGGACCAGAACGUGGACGUGGUCGUGGACGUGGAAGUGGACGUGGACGUGGACGUGGUCGUCGACGUGGACGUGGUCGUGGACGUGGACGUGGACCUGGACCUGGACGUGGACGUGGACGUGGACUUGGACGUGGACGUGGCAUGGUCGUGGACGUGGACGUAG